AGUCAACGGGAAUGCGGUAACUGUUGGUAACAGAACAACGAGCUGCGCGCCAAGCCAAGUCUCUCUUCAGUGCCACCGGCCGGCGAGGCCGGAUUAAUCACCGCUGCUUCGGCCGCCCAUGUGUCCUGAUGUCCUGGGACCCGAACCCCGUGCCCCGUGCCUUGCGAUGCUGGAGCCUAAGGAGGGCGUCCGAAACUGCCCUACAGAGCAGUCGCCGGGCAGUUGAAGAUCAGCUAAAGAUAUGUGGCCACAAGAGGGAUGCUGAUGUCUUUGAGCUGUUCCUUUCUAAAAAGGAACUGACAGAGGUCAUUGAUCUUUCUAGGUUUAAAAAAUUGAAAUACUUAUGGCUUCAUCAUAACAAGCUCCAUGGAAUAACAUUUCUAACUAGAAACUAUUGUCUGACAGAACUAUAUCUAAACAACAACGCAAUAUUUGAGAUAGAAGGCCUGCAUUAUUUGCCUUCAUUGCAUAUACUCCUGCUACACCACAAUGAGUUAACCAACAUUGAUGCAACAGUGAAGGAAUUAAAGGGAAUGCUAAAUCUGAAGAUCCUAAGUCUAUACCAAAAUCCUUUGUGCCAAUAUAACCUGUAUCGUUUAUAUAUCAUCUACCACCUUCCAGGAGUGGAGCUGCUUGACCGAAAUCAAGUUACAGAAAAAGAAAGAAGAUCAAUGAUUACCAUUUUUAACCAUAAAAAGGCUCAUAUCGUUCAAUCAAUAGCAUUCAGAGGAAAAGUAGAUGCUUCAUGGGAUCCUAAAUCACCAUUUAAGCAAAAACCAGCCCAGAGAAUACCUUCAGAUUUUGCAUUUGCAAAUAAUGUAGACAAAACCGUGUUUGAUGACCCAGAAGAUGCUGUUUUUGUGAGGUCCAUGAAGAGAUCAGUGAUGACUUUUUCAUCUAUGAACUGGGACACAGUUCCAACACGAGAGGAAAGAUACCUUGAAGAGGAAGGCACAGAGCCAGCUCAAAUGCUCACAGUUACACUGAGAUAAGCCCUGGUAUUUCUAGAAAUCUUAGUGGUUUUCAGUUGUAUAUUAAACUUCCCUGUGACUUAGCAUAUGACAUACUUACGAUGAUAUUAUUUGAGAUAUUUAAAUGUAAACAGAAACAUCAAUAAUGAAAAGUAAUUCCUACGUUUUAGAUUUUUAAAUGUAAAGUUGUUUAAGUAAAAUUGUAUACAGAAAUGUAUAAAAUUCAUAAGUGUUCAGUUCAAUGAAUUUUCAAAAAUUGAACAUGUUUAUGUAACUGGCAUGCUAGAUCAAGAAAUAGAACAUUGUCUGGACUCUGAAAGCUCCCUGCUUCCUGCACCAGUCACUACUCACCCUUCCAAAGUAAUCAUUGUCCUGAUUUCUAGACAAUAAAUUAACCAUGUCUGAUUUCAAAAGGCAUAUAAAUGGAAUCAUAGAAGAUGAAUAUUUUGUGUCUGGCUUUUUUCACUUGACGUUGUAAGAUUCAUCCAUGUUGUUGCUAGAAGCAAUGAUUCUAUCAUUCUUACUGCUAUAUAAUAUUUCAUUGUAAGACUAUAACACAAUUAAUUUAUCUAGUGUACUAUUUUUGACUCUUAUCCCUGGAAAUAUUUGCCAGUUCUGGCUAACGGUCUGGGUUUGGUGUAGCCAGAAACUUGCUCCUCAGGGAAAAAAAAAAUCCAAAUGCUUUUAGCAGUUGCCUAGUACUGAGUGACAAAAGUGGACAUUGAAGGUAACUCAAAUUCAUUACUGGUUUUCCCUAAGGAGAUAGAUAAAAGGCUUACAAAGGGUAGAGUGACAUCUCCCUCUAGCUGAUGGUGCUUGGGAAACACAGACACACUGUAGAAGUGGACUGGCAUCAAAAUAGGCAGGAGAUGAAGGCCUAGAAGGAGAAUCUACAGCCUCCAUUCACCUGUGGGCACUUAUCAUUCUUUGCAUGGCCAGAGUCUAAAAAUUCAGAUAUGUUCCCUGGAAAAAGGUUGCAGCUAGAAUAAAGAAAAAGCAAAGAUUUGACCAUUCAUGUAGGUGAGUGGCUGGUAUCAUGACAAAAGUAGUUGUGUGUGGCUUCCAAGAUUAGGUGAUAGAAAGAAUUGAGGCAUUCCCUUGCUCGGGCUUGGGCAAUAAUCCAAAAGACAAAAGACAUAGUCCCAAAAAUGUAAUUCUGGAAAAAAUAAUUUUAAAAAAAAUUAAAAGACAUUUGUUUACAUUUUUUAAAAUGGAUUUGUUUGAGAAACAUUAUAUCUACAGAACAUUUUAUAGGCCACUUUAUACAAUAAAAUAGGCAAUAAUGACAUAUACAUUUUUGCAAGCAUAAGCACUCAGGUAUACUAAUGACAGUUGCACAGGUAUAACAGUUAUGAGUCGACAAACCAUAUUCAUAAAGACAUAGGUCAAAAAGCAAAAUGUAUAUCACAAAUGCAGACAUACAAAAAGGACAUCCAUUCAUUUAUUGAGGAAGUUUCAAUGUUUUCAUGCACACACACACAAAGCUUACACACAAAAUCAGUGUUGCAAUAAUGUACUUUUGUGAAGUCAGAUUUGUGAAAAAUGUAUAAAACAAAUUAUAACUCUAAGUCUUGACAUAAUUCCCGUAUUGGAAAUGGAGGUAUAAGUUAGCACAUUACAAAAAGUAAUGCUCACAAUUUAAAAUCGUGGACAAAAAACUAAAAAGACAAUUGUACAUAUGAAAAAGUAUAUUAUGGGAAUAAGUUAUAAGCUAUUGGGAUGAAGUAGGCCAUAAGAGUUGGCUGACUUUCACAAUUAUUUAAAAUUUUGUUUAUUUAUUCAUUUUUAAUAUUUUUAUGUAAUAAAAAGUAAAAGUUCUUGUCCAGUC